GAACCACCUCGCCAAAGGCCUGGAGGAUCAGUACCCUGUGGAGGAAAUUCACCUGGUGAAAGCAGGUGGUCCCCUGGGCCUCAGCAUCGUCGGUGGCAGUGACCAUUCCAGUCAUCCCUUUGGGAUUCAUGAACCAGGUGUCUUCAUCUCCAAGGUGAUUCCGCGGGGGCUGGCGUCACGCAGCGGGCUCCGCGUCGGGGACAGGAUUCUGGAGGUGAACAGCAUCGACCUGCGCCACGCCACCCACCAGGAGGCUGUGAACGCGCUGCUCUCCAACGCUCAGGAGCUCACCAUGCUGGUCCGCAGAGACCCACCCCCACCGGGCAUGCAGGAAAUAUGCAUUGAAAAGGCUCCAGGAGAGAAACUGGGCAUCAGCAUCCGGGGAGGAGCAAAGGGCCAUGCUGGCAACCCGUUUGAUCCCACUGAUGAAGGCAUUUUCAUCUCCAAGGUGAGCUCCUCCGGGGCCGCUGCCCGGGACGGCCGCCUGAAGGUGGGGAUGCGGAUCCUGGAGGUGAACCACCAGAGCCUGCUGGGGAUGACGCACACGGAGGCCGUGCAGAUCCUGCGGGGCGUGGGAGACGCGCUCCUCGUGCUGGUCUGUGACGGCUUCGACCCCAAGGCUGCGGCUGCCAUCGAGAUGUCCCCAGGAAUCAUUGCAAACCCUUUUGCUGCUGGCAUUGGGCGCAAGAACAGCCUGGAGAGCAUCUCCUCCAUUGACCGGGAUUUGAGCCCCGAGGAACUGGAGCUCCUGCAGAAGGAGAUGGAAAUGGUGAGAGAAGCCACUCAAUGGGAGAGAGAAGAAAUGGAGAAAGUGGAGCGGAUGCGUAGGGAGCGGGAGGCAGCCACGCAGCAGCUUGAGGAGGAAGCAGAGAACGUCCCCAGUGAACCCCUGCGCCUGGACUACCGGACCCUGGCAGCACUGCCCAGCAGUGGCCUGCAGAGAGGCAACCGCACCCCUGUUGGGUGCGCUGAGCCCAGCUGCAGCAUGGAGGGUGACUGUGCGCUGCUGUCCCCACCCGCGGCGUGGCACGGCCGGGAAGCGUCCCCAGAGCCGGCGGCGGCC